AAUUAAUCUCAUCGUACAAAGUACAGAGCGAUCUUUGGAGAUAAUAUUAUUAAAUCCGGUCGGAGACGACGAGACUAAAAACUUCGCCGGGGAGUUUGUUCCGGUACCGGAGUUUUACUUUUGAAGUCGUGUUUUCUAGUUUCUUCUCCCACCAAACAAAACCCCCUAGAUUUAGAGAUUCUGUUUCCGGAUAAGGAAGUAGUUGAGUUUGAUCGGUUUGUUGUCUCUUAAAAUUCAUCAAAUCACAGGAAGAAAAAAAAAUGGCGUUUCUUAAGGCAGCGAUUAUUGUUGCCCUAAUCUGCAAUUUCCUCUCAGUUACUUCUUCUGUUCCUUUCGUAGUGCUACAUGGAAUUGGGGAUAAAUGCAGUAAUGCAGGAGUGAAACAAUUCACAGAGCUUUUAAGUGAUUGGUCUGGUUCUCAAGGAUAUUGCUUGGAGAUUGGGAAUGGCUCAUGGGACUCAUGGACCAUGCCCCUCCUUGAUCAGACAUCUGCUGCUUGUGACAAGGUGAAAAGUAUGCCUGAGCUUAAUGAUGGUUACAGCAUUGUGGGGCUUUCUCAGGGUAACAUGAUCGGUCGAGCUCUCAUUGAGUUUUGCGAUGGAGCACCACCUGUUAAGAAUUUUGUAUCGGUAGCGGGUCCUCAUGCUGGUACUGCANGUUCGGCCCUUUAUAAAGCAGCACACACUUUUAAUUUCUAUUCAUCGUAUAACAUUCAAGAUUCUCGAGAUGAGCUGCUAAAAGAAGGAAGAGCUAUUAAUGUUAGAUGUGUUGAUCUUGUAGCUGUGGAUCUAGUUGGCUGUCUUCGAUUUUGUAAUGGAUUUACCUAA